AUGACCCAGACUCCUGAACCCCGGAUAUUCACGCACCGAUCCGUGUCCCCUCUGAAGGCCGCAAGCGAGACGUCCGGUCAUGAAAGAUUCCCUUCUUUUGAUCACAGCACCCCUCCAAGCCUCCAGGUCAACUCUGCUGUCGUCGCGGAAAGCCCGCAAGAACUCACUCCUACGCCACACCUCAAUGGCGAGUUGAAAUGGCCGGCGAGAAAAAUGAGCCAGAGGCUGCGCGACGCCCGGCCGGCAGGAGUAUACACACAUAGAUCCAGGCGAAGCGUCAGCGAUGCGAUUCACAGAAUCCGUACACGACAAGGCAGCGUGAGCGAGAAUGCGCAAGAACUGGCGGAAGCGCUGAAAGCUCCAGUUUCCUACAAACUGAUUGUGCUGUGCAUCAUCUGGUACUUAACCUCUGCCUUGACAAACACCUCCUCCAAGUCGAUAUUGAACGCCUUCCCCAAGCCAGCCACCCUCACAAUCCUACAGUUUGCCUCGGUCUCGAUCUGGUGCUUGAUUCUGACAGGCUUGUCAUCUCUUUUCCCGUCAAUCAAAAGAAGUAUACCUGCACUGAAAAACGGUCUCCGCAGACCUUCGUGGGAUGUCAUGUACACAGCAUUUCCUCUUUCGAUUUUCCAGUUGCUCGGCCACCUCCUAAGUUCAUAUGCGACAUCCAAGAUCCCAGUUUCUCUGGUUCACACAAUCAAGGGUCUCUCACCAUUGUUCACCGUGCUGGCCUAUCGAUUAGUGUUCCGGAUACGUUACAGGCAAGCCACAUAUCUAUCGCUCGUCCCGCUCACAGUGGGAGUCAUGUUGGCAUGCUCCACCGAUUUUUCCACCAACUUUUGGGGGAUCAGUGCUUCUUUGGUGGCAGCCAUCGUCUUUGUGACGCAGAACAUAUUUUCAAAGAAACUGUUCACCGAAUCAGCCCGCGCGGAAGCCGAGGGACAAACGCAUCUGCCCCGCAAGCUGGACAAGCUCAAUCUCCUCUGCUAUUGCUCCGUAGGAGCUUUCAUGCUCUCGGCGCCAGUCUGGAUUUACACCGAAGGCUUGGAACUCAUGCGAGACUUUUGGAAGGAUGGGUCAGUCGAUCUCUCUGAAAAGAGAGAUGCGAUGGAUCACGGGCAGCUAGCUCUGGAAUUUGUCUUUAAUGGAAUCUUCCAUUUUUUCCAGAACAUUAUGGCGUUUGUCCUGCUCUCCAUGUUGUCACCAGUUUCGUACUCGGUGGCCUCAUUGAUCAAGCGGGUAUGGGUUAUCGUUGUUGCGAUCAUCUGGUUCAAGAGUUCAACCACGUCCAUCCAGGUUGUCGGUAUCGUCCUCACAUGUUUUGGUCUCUACCUGUAUGAUCGGACAAGUAUGGAGGACGCUGCAGAACGAAGAACUCGGGCCGACCAUUUCCGUCACAAACACACACCACUCUUGCCUGUUGCCGAGGUGAAGACCCCAGGUUACCCUGACGGGUCCGAAAUUAGCAAUGACUACGUGAACGAGAUGUCAGAUCUACAUCCGAAGAGAGAUGAUAGCCGUGCUCGGCAAACCGAUUCGACCUUCAACUCUGGCUGGCUACCACCAGGCACGAAACAAGAAAGUACUUGGGCGGUUGGGGACAAAGAUGAAAAGCAAUAA